CUGUUCCCAUUGUGGCAAAUGAAGAGAGAGCAGGGAGAAGCAGAAGGCAGAGCAGCAGGAAGUGGAUUUCCACACACUGAAAAUACUGCUUUCCACUGAAUAUUCUGCUCCAAAAACAUGUAAUCAAGAUGAAGAUGUAUAUGACUUUCCUCUGCUUGAGCUGUGGAUGGAUGCAAACAACUUGUGCUGCUAGUGUGACUCUGUCACCAUCCUCUGCACCAGUGACACCCACUGAAGAUGAGAGCUCCAAACUUGUGGAUUGGCUGCUGAAGUAUGGUUACCUCCCACCCUCAGACCCUUCCACCGGUCAGCUGCAGGCUUGGACAGGUGUCACCAAUGCUGUGAGGGCCAUGCAAAGGUUUGCAGGCCUAAAAGACAGCGGAGUUGUAGAUGAGGAGACAAUGGCGGUGAUGAACACGCCACGCUGCUCACUACCGGACCAGGAGGAAUCAUCCAUACUAUCGGCCAACCAAGAGAAAAUAAAUAUGAGGAGGCGGAGAAGAUGGGCUGUCUCCAUGUGGACGCGCAGGAACAUCAACUGGAGGUUGCAAUCAUAUCCCUCCUCUUCUCAUCUGUCUCGGGAAACAGUUCGCUCACUUAUCUUCUACGCCUUAAGAGUGUGGGCCGAGCCAACGCCACUGGAGUUCCAUGAGGUGGGCAGUCCGGAUGCAGCUGACCUGCGGGUAGACUUCUUCCAUGGUUACCAUGGUGAUGACUAUCCCUUUGAUGGGGCAGGUGGAGCAGUGGGCCACGCUUUCUUCCCCUCAGACCCAGCCCGGGCAGGAGUAGUUCAUUUGGAUGCGGAGGAAGAGUGGGCAUUCAGACAGCCAGUCUCUGAGGGUACCGACCUGUUCACAGUGCUGGUUCAUGAGUUUGGCCACGCACUGGGCCUUCCUCAUUCCUCAUCCCGUCACUCAGUCAUGAGGCCAUACUACCUGGGUCCUGUCGGAGACCCUCUCCACUACCGCCUGGGACCCCAAGACCUGGAGCACAUCACUCAGCUCUAUGGUCAAAUGAACAAGCUGCUGUCUACGGAGGCUCCUCGUAUCACCACAGAGUUGCACCACAGAGGCCAUCAUCAUCAUCGUCGUCAGCAUCAUCAUAGGCAUGGCCCCUCCAUAGAUCACUGUAACACCAGUUUUGAUGCUGUGGCAAAGAUUCGAGGAGAGACUUUCUUCUUCAAAGGUCCGAUGAUGUGGAGGGUCAAUGGCGGAGGCUUGGUGUCGGGGCGCGGUUCUUCAGUGAGGAGGUUGUGGAGGGGUCUACCCCCUGACCUGCUUCAUCUUCAAGCUGUGCUGGAGAGGCGCUCGGAUCAUGCGAUCAUCUUUAUCAGUGGUCACCAGUUCUGGCUCUUCAAGGACCUGUCUCUGCAAGAAGGCUACCCUCAGCCCCUGUCUGCUCUCAGGACGGGCGUCAGCUUAGAUUUAGCAGACACUGAUAACGACGAUGAUGACGAGCAGGCAGCAGGAGCAUUAGAGAGAUGGGGCCUGGUCUGGGACCCGGAGGAGGGGGCUGUGUGGGGAAAAAUUGGAGAUGCCAAACAAGAGAAUCAAGGAGACACCUGGACACAACUGCUCAAAGAGGGUGUGAAUGGAAUCACUACAGACACUAAUGGCUCUGUCUAUCUCUUUAAAGGAGAGUCCUACUGGAAGUUCAUGUUUCCAGGUUCAUCACUGCAUGAUGGAUACCCACGAUCCUCUGCUGCAGACUGGCUGGGCUGCACUGACUCAUCCUCACCUGGGAUGCAGGACCUCUCCUUUUCACUGUCAUCACCUGGAGGAAGAGAGGAGCUCAGGGAGAGUUGGAGAUAUCGGGGAGAGGAGGAAGAACUGAUAAAAAGAAAGCGGGUCAGAGACAGAACUAAACACAAAGAGGUGCUGGACAGAGGUUCACACAUCUGGACAAAAUGCACAUGCCGAAACGGAGCCCUGGGGGGCAGGACAACAUUUUUGAUAGCUGCCUUGCUGCAGGUUACAUGGGCACUGUUAGCUGUUUAAAGGUGCACAAUGAAAGAAAAAACUGAGGUUUUAUUAGACUAAACAGAGUGUGUGUACAACCUUUCCACAAGCACUCGCAUCCUCGCCCUGUACUCCUGUCUGAGUGUGAGAUUAGAAAUGUGCUGCUGGUUUCAGGUAGCAGCGGUGCUAAUUACGAGUGCUAUUUUAAUUAGGAGGCAUAUUUAUUUACCUGUCCACCAGUCAUCCGCUCAUAUUGUGAGUUAUGACCAGAAAACUGGUUCCAUCUGUGAAGGACUGAAGUUGCCAAAAUCAAUUAUUAACAAAAACAACAAUAAUAAAUAAUAAUAAUAAUCACGCAGACAUUAACUGACUGAUAAUUUGACAUGUUAGUAUUUACAGAUAUCAGUGUUUUAAAUGUAUGUAUGGAUCUCUGUAUUACUUUUACAUUCGUACUUUACAGCAAUACUAAUCUAUCCCAGGCAUCACAGACACUCACCACACUAGAAAAUGAAAGUGGUUUGGGGAAGUUAAAAUUAAAGAGUCAUUUUUAAUAUAUUUUUGAUAAUAUUUUAAUUUCAGUUUGACCAGUUUCACCUGCAUAUUUCACCCCAAAUCCACCGUAGCUUUUAAACUAAGUUUCUCUUUAUACAGACAAAAAGUGGAGUAGUGGCUUUAUUAAGUGGUUUUAUCAUUUCACCUUCCUGGUUAAUUUCUCUUAUUGCCGUCCCAUAGGUGACAGUCUGCAAGACCACACUGUUUAAAAAUAAGGAUAAAAAUCUAUGAAGAAGGAGAAUAAAUGACAUUAUUAUUAUUUUUUAUCAAAGCCUAAGUUUACUGCAGUUGAACACAACCUCCAACAGGGCAGUCAGUGAUGGAGGUAGCCUUUAGCAUGCAGCAGAUUUGAGCAGUGUAAAUGUACACCAACCAAUUUACACUUUUAAUAACUCAAAGGGCAGCUGACCCUGACUCAGGUGACAUCACUUAAGGACAGCUAUCAAACUUAAAAACAUUAUCCUGCCACAUGUUUCAGGUUCAAGGGUCUUUAUUCGUCACAUGCAUAGUUACAACACACAAUCAAAUGUAACCUGACACGCUCCUUGACUUGAGCAAAAGGGGGGGGCAUUAUAUAAUAUAACAUAUACAUUAGGUGGAUGUGCAGUAGUAGCAUGUAUGCAGCAAGCAGGUAAAGUCUGCACAUUAAGUGAAUUAAGUAAGAACAGACAAUCGCUUAUGAACACAUAACAACACACGAGAGAAAUAGUUUGAGCUCUAUUUUCUGACCAUUUAUUUUUACCCAUUUUCCAUUCAUCUUAACAGCAUUUACAUAAACUAUGCAUUUUAAUGGUGCACGUGUGAUGUAGUCUCUUAGAAAAAGCAUUUCUUACUGCGUCUUCCCUCCUCUGUCUUUUGUUGUUAGAGGUUGUUGUUCUGGCCUGCUGCUGGUAUUUCACAUGCUUUUUACUUAGUUCGAUGUGCUUAUGAGCCCUUCUGUUAUUUAAAGACUGCCUGCUUGUUCUGAACUCUGAUUUUGAUCAUGAUGUUCCUGUAAAUAGGGUUUGAAAUGAAGUAACUGAAAUAUGUCAACUUUUGUCAAAGCAUUCUGCAGCUGCUGCUUCAACUCCAUAAUCCACAACAAAUGGGGAAUAUAGUCGAAAAAAAUGAUCAGUAACUCUAAAUGUGUUUUAUAUUUGAGAUUCCUGAAAGGAGCCACGCUUUGCUUUGUUGAC